GCUGGACCCUACAUAAUUUCAAAAGGUCGACAGGGAGACUUCCAGGUGUGUUCCUAAUACUAGGAAUACCCCAGGAAAAGAUCGACACCAUUGUGGACAACGACAGGAGGGUAGCCUAUUCCACUGGGACGAUAUAUCUCAAGUUCUUUGUUGGCGAAGAACUUAGUGAUAUACCGCCCAGUCAAGCUACCUCCACAAAACAGGACAAUACUGAGACAGACGCAGCCGCGAAGACAAUCACACAGACAGUUUGUGAAAAACUACCGGACUCUGUACAGGACGGACAUGACAGCGAUACGACGUGCCCUGGACCAAGUACCGCUCCCUCAACAAGUGGGAUGAAUUGGGAAGGAACGCGUCCCGAACCAAGCAUCACACCAUCAACAAGUGGGAUGCAAUGGGAAGAGACGCGCCCCGGACCAAGUAUCACACCCACUCUAGAGGGGUUGAAAUGGGAAAGGGCAUCAGGCACAGACGCAACUGAUUCAGACGACGACGACAUGGCGGACUCAGCUCCGCUGUAUACAUUACUGGAGAAAUGUGUCCCCCGGGACGCAUAAACUCCAUCAAUAUCCAUCUUCAGUAAUGUAGACAUAGUACAGGCCAACCUCCAGCAUAAGAUCCUUGCAACGGCUACUCUACGCAAACAACUGGAGGAGGGGGCCCAAACCAUAGUGCUGAUCCAAGAGCCGUGGGUCAGAGGAAACCGCAUAUGUGGUUUUGGCAACUGCAACGAGACAUAACAACAAUAAGAAUACAAAGUGGCAUAGGACAACAAACCGGUGCUAGGACAAGACCACUAGUCUUGGCAUCGUUAUAUCUACCCAUAGAAGAACAUAUACCACCAAAAGAGAUGACGGACCUCAUAAAAUACUGUGAGGACGAAAACACUGACCUCAUAAUUGGAGUAGACAGCAACGCACAUCACACCCUAUGGGGAUGCAACGAAAACAACAAAAGAGGUAUGACAGACAGUCCUCUGUGCAGAGCCUGCAUGGAGGAGGACGAGACACCGCUACACGUUAUGCUCAGUUGCAGAGGCGUAACGGAACAACGAGCAACCUACAUUGGCUCCUCAGCGACACUCCAUGAGGCUAUCGGCGACCUGGGCGGCCUGCUAAGCUUCUGGAGCGAGCUCGGCUGGAUGGAAUAAAUCCAGCGGGAACCUACACCGGAGGGACCCACGCACAACGGCCAAUCAAAUGGCUAAGUGCGGAAACGGCCCAGAAUAAAGAAGAAGAAGAAGAAGAAGAUCUACUCGACUGA